CUGAGUCGAUCUUUUAGUGAUCUGAGUCGUUUUGACAAGCUAUUCGGCAAUGAAGCCGACCUUCAAACCCUCGUGGACGUAACCCAAGAACUCUUCCCGCUUGAAUUGCUAGGAAAGCUGUUGUGCAGUUUUCUGGAGGCCUUGUGCUUGUCUCAGUCUCUGUUCUCUCGUUUUUCUGGGCAGACUCCUGGAAAAUAUGUAAUGGGAGUCCGUGUUAUCGACUGUGGAAAUGUGUUGCAUGUUGCUGGAUCGCCGCCGAAUGUCGUUCGAGUUACCGGAUCAGUCUUGGUUUCUUUCAGAGCGUGA